CUUCAUGACUGCUAGCCAAUCUAGCCACAUUGACAAGGUAUCGGAAAAGGCGGGUUGCUCUGAGAGGCAAUAACAUGAAUUGGAGCGUUUAACUUGCCAACUUGUCUUGUUGCUGAACCGUGCUAAUUAACGAACACAUUUGAUUAUGGUGUUGGGUUUAAUGCUCGAGGUACUUCAGGACUGGUCUAUGCUGCCCAGGUGUUUGGCCUAACGCUAACCGUCCAGUUGACUAGCCUAGCAUCUACAGAUGAUCACAACUCCUCUAUCCUCGUGGUGUUGGAUAAGUUAGUAAUUUAUUAGUUUACUUCAUAGCUAAAUGCUUACAUAAUGCAGCUUUUCCGAAGUAUUAUUCCAUUCAGACGAUUUUACUCUGAUGGAGAACCCGCACCACCAGCCAGCAGCACACCUGUCAUCAGACCUCCCCCAGAUGGUGGCUGGGGUUGGGUGAUUGUAUUUUCAUCUUUUCUAUAUAACGUGUUGGUCUUGGGCUAUCAUAACUCAUUUGGAGUGUACCUCAUCAGUCUUCUUGACACUUUUGGACAGACGAGCCAAAAGACAGCCUGGGUCGGAUCUAUCAGCUAUGGUUUCAUCAUGAUCUGUGGCCCAUUAUCAGGGAAGCUAACUGUGAAAUAUGGUGCCAGAGAAAUCUCCAUUAUUGGAUCCAUUAUCAUCAUGAUCUCCAUCAUUUGCUCUUCUUAUGCCUCUUCCCUGGGUGUCCUGUUCUUCACGCAUGGCUUUCUCACAGGAGUGGGUUCAAGCUUUGCAUUCACUCCAGGCAUGAUCAUGAUAAGCCAGUACUUCACGACCAAUCGAGCUCUGGCCACCGGGAUAGUGAUGUCUGGGGGUGCAGCGGGUGCUUUGGUCCAGACCCGUCUCCAUCAGUACCUCAUCGACACGUUGGGCUGGAGACGGAGCCUGCGGAUCUUCUCCACUCUUAUGGUCCUGUGCAUUAUGGCGGGCUUCACCUACCUGCCCCUCAAUCCAAAAGGUUACAAAAGAAGUGUUGCUGACAAUUUGAAAACCUCACCUUUAAAGAAAUUUGUUGUUGAUCUUGGUUUGUGGAAAGACACCGUCUUCCUCAUUUGGGUAGUGGCUAAUGGGCUGUGCAAAUUUGGAUUUUUCAUCCCUUACGUGCAUCUGAUCAGGCACGCCGUGCAGCUGGGCAUACCAGUGAACCAAGCCACAAACAUCAUGCUGGUGUUGGGCCUGAGUAGCAUGAUCAGUCGCAUCAUCUUUGGCAGAAUCUGUGACUCAGAGAAGAUCAACCGCCUCUACUUUAAUCAGGCCUCUGUCUUUUUUGUGGGCUUCUUAUACCUACUCAUCCCCCUUCUUAAGUCUUACGCUGCCCUCAUUGGCUUUGGUUUUCUGCUGGGUGUUGCGGAUGCUGGGAACUACAUCCUGCUCCCUGUGCUAACCUUUGACCUUAUGGGAGCUGAGCGCAUGCCUGUUGCCUGGGGGUUCAUGCUUACUGUUAAUGCAGUCAGCUGUUUUGGACCACCUUUUGCUGGCUGGAUGAAUGACAUGACUGGGAGUUACAACCUGGGCUUCAUAGUGGCGGGCGCUCUGAAUGUUGCAGCAUGCUUUGUUCUAGCUCUCAUACCAUGUGCCCAGGGAUCUAGACAGACGCGUAAGAGCAUCAUGAAUGUCACCAUUGAUCAAAACAACGAGAUCAAGGAGUGGACCGAUGAUAUUCCCCCUUUCACAGUGGGGGAUCCACCAGAUUCUACUUAUGUGAACUACUUGUCCAGAACCAAGUUUCGCUGUCCGGAACUGAGUGAUUCAGGACCAUCUUUGUCAGGUGCCCCUGAGGAGACUCAAAUAUAGGACACCUGCAGAAAAAUGGCCUGAAACAGCAAUAGAAGGAUGGGAAAUACAUACUAUGCAAAUUGCAUAUGGUAUUGUAAGCCAACGACGUCUGCAAAGUAGACUCCUCAGAAGAAAAAAACAAAAAAAAUAAACAAAUAAACAAAAAAACGAGUCAACAGUUGCAAUAGAUGCUCAUCCAG